UGAAGAGAUUGUGAUCAUGGAAAAUAAUACAAGUUUCAUUGUUCACCAAACCGUCCGUGAUCCAGAGACGUAAACUGCUUCCGUGCUAGGGAUUAUCAGCACGUUGUCCUAAAGUGUGAACAAAGGCGUUGGUUGCCGCGUCGUCACGUGACACAGAAAGAGUGAACCCAUUGAACAUCACAACCUGUCACGUGGGGAGGUGUUGUUAUUGCAUGCUCCCUCCGCGACCCACCUUUGUCACUCAAACCACCCCUCCCAUCGCCUGGACGGACUUCAAUCAUUUGAGACCUGCAGACUUCAGGACCCAUGCGCCUGAGCUCUAUUGCGUUGACUGUGAGAUUCUGCCGUGUCCGGAGUGGCUGUUCAGGGCACAGACGAAGAAGUAAAGUUAUACUCAGGCAUGCGUUCGGGGUCCAAAGUGUUAACUUCCAUAUCAUCCUAUCAUGGAAUAAAUAAAUAAGUGUGACUCUCCAUGUUUCGGAGUGGGACAUAAAACGCAAUUCAGCAUGAAAUAGAGAAGUAGCAACGAAAAUAAUUAUCAACCAUUCAGACACGCUUGAUUUCAUUCACUGAAUUGUUAAUGCUGUCCUGGAGACGACAACAGAAAUGUGCAAUCAAUUGUGACGCCACUUCUGUCACAGUGGGUUACCGAAGUAUCGAACUUUUGCACUUGGUUUCUGAGAACGUUUGUCUUUUUUAUCUUCUGACUGUCUAUAAUUUGGAGCGGGACCUGGAUUGUAGUUGGCGCCUUCCAGCUGCUGAACAGAUCGUACACUAACAUGGCGGUUUCGAUGUUCAACGCUCUGUGUGCUUUAGCCAUUAUGCUUUUUCUUGGGAGCCAGUUUUGCUGGACUCAGGAAGAGGAGCCUGAGUGUGUGUGCAGCUGUAUCAAGGCCGCUAUACCCGAAGACAAGGCAGAGAGAGAGGAGUUUGUGGAGAAUGAGAAGAAAAAGAUCGUAAAAGAACUGCAUGUCGACAAGAAGAAUCUCUCCUCAGAGACCAGGAAAAAGUCCAGCGCUGUCGAUGAGCGCCCAUCUGCCCGGAGUGUGGGAUACCUGGGUAUAGCCAUGCUCACUCUGUCGGCCGGGAUAGUGUUGGUGUUUGACCUGGACUACGUCAUAAAGGGAGUGCAUUCGAUUGGUACGAUAAUCAAAAACAAGUGGUCUUAGCAAUGACGUGGGGACAGAAUGUAGCCGGCACAUCUGGCUGUUUCGCUUGUGAAUUAAGCAUAUUAUUACUAUUAUACUAUUAACAUCUCAGCCUACACACCCCAACAACGACCAUAUUUCUCACAGUUAUUGUAU